AACAUGGAAACACUGAGCUUCGUCUCAGUGUCUAUAACAUUGUUUUAUUUGCUCCUUGGCGAGAGGAUGGUCAAUGUGAGGAAAAUGUAUCUUGCGUCUCGAGAACCAGUCAAGAAUCAUCUCCCCAACUGUGUACUUCUCAAAAAUCUGAGUCAUGGUUCCGAGGAUAUAACUGUCUUUGGAGAUGGACUCGCUUUUAUCAGCACUGGUUUAAAGUAUCCUGGAGUGCCAUCCUCUGACGCUCUUGGUAAGAUCUUCCUCCUCAAUCUAAAAGAGUCUGACAUGGAGCCAGUGGAGCUGCCCAUAUCGAGGAACUUUGACCUGGAGACGUUCAACCCUCACGGCAUCAGUGUCUACACAGACCCGACUAAUGGCACGGUGUACUUGUUUGUUGUGAAUCAUCCUCACCACAAGAGCCAAGUAGAGUUGUUUCAAUUUGAUGAGAGGGGAUUUUCCCUUUUGCAUCUGAAGACCUUCAAACAUAAACUUCUUCACAGUGUGAAUGAUAUCGUGGCUUUGGGUGUGGACUGUUUCUAUGCCACCAAUGAUCACUACUUUUCAGAUGAACUCCUGAAAAGUGUUGUGGAGCCUCUUCUGGGUCAACCUUUGACUAAUGUUGUUUAUUACAGUACAGAGAUGGUCAAAGUGGUCUCUGAGGGAUAUUACUUUGCUAAUGGGAUCAAUAUCUCACCAGACAAAAGGCAUAUAUAUGUGGCGGAUUUAUUUGCCCAUAAUGUACAUUUGUUGGAGCGGAAAGAAGACAAUGCAUUGGCCUCUGUCAAGUCUGUGGCUUUGGGUUCACUUUGUGACAACAUCGAAGUCGACGGGAAAACUGGUGACCUGUGGUUGGGCUGCCACCCCAACGUGUUGAGAAUUUUCCAAUUCGACCCCAAAAACCCACCGGGAUCAGAGGUCCUUCGCAUCCAGAACAUUCUUUCCGAGGAGCCAGUGGUGACGCAGGUGUAUGCCGAUGAUGGUCAUGUGAUUAUGGGCUCAUCCGUUGCUACGAUCUACGAAGGGAAGCUGCUCAUUGGAUCGGUGUUUCAUAAAGCUUUAUGCUGUGAUUUAGCUUGAAAAAUGGCAUUCGAGAAAAAGUGGGGCCUUGAACAAUAAUUCAAUAAAGAAACAGAAAUUCGAAAAAUUACAUACACGGAUUUUAGGUUGUCUGUAAAUAUAUAUGUU